GCUGAGGGCUGCUUAGGCUAAAAGCAGAUUUUUGUUUGUGCUAGAAUGUGAAGUUAAUUUCAUUUUAUAAAGAACUGAAACAUUAAGAAAUCUGCAAGAUGUGGGUUCAAGGUGAGGAAGACUAUGCAGCUCCAGAACCUGACAGUGAGAGCAGCUUAUCCUCUGAAGAUGACGGAGACAUUCAGUGUGAGAUCCUGGAAAAGCAACGAGAUGAAGCCAAUCAGAAACUCUCCCAGUUAGAGGAAGUGUCCAGUCAGCUCCUGAAAGAGAUUGAUCUGCUGGAGAUUCAAUUUCAAAUUGAACGCUCCUGCAGGGAGUCUGCGGAGACACUGGCAGUACAGGUGACCAAAGAGAACAAAGUGCUGAAGAGGCGGAGCCAAAUGCUGCUGCCCCUCAUUCCUGAACUGCCUGAGACCCUCAGUGGUGUAGCUGUGACCUUUGACCCUGAGGCUGACCCUACAGUCCCUGCAGACCUGGGGGGUUCUGGGGGGGACGGUCAUGAGGAGGACCCUCUACUGCUGCAGAGCCAAGCCAAGAUCACAGAACUUCAGGCAUCGGUGGACGGUCUACUGGCUGAGAAGCUGCAGCUGGAGAAAGAAGUGCAGCUUCUAAACACAGAGGUUCUUCAGCUCAGAGAACAGCUGGUGCAGGAGGCCGAGGUCAAAGAGGUCCUACUGAAGAAACUCAACAAGCAGAACAAGACCAUGAAUAAGAUCAAACGAGUGUCCCAGCUUGUGACAGAGGAGUUCACAGACCUGUCUGAGAAGCUGGAGCUGGAGCAGGGCCUGCGGCAGCACUCUGAAGUCUUUGCCCACCAGAUGCUGCUGCAGCAGAAGGAGGCCCAGCGGCAGAACACAGAAACCAGUCUGCAGCUACAGCAGGCACUGGAGCAGAUCUCCAACGUCAGGACAGCCCUGUGUGACAUACAGGCCUACUACCACGACCAGGUCAAAAACAGUCAGAUGGUGAUAGAAAACACUGAGCUGCAAAACCUGAGAGAACAGCUGCAGAGGAGUGAGGAAGACAGGAAGCGGUUGGAAACUCAACUGUCUGAGGCCAACAGUAAAAUCACACAGCUCCAGGAGGAUGUGAAGGAGUUACAUGAUACAACGAAGAAGGAAGAGAGCACUGAAGAACCAGGAGAAGAGAAACCUACUACUGCUGCUGCUGCUCCUCCUCCAUCUCCUCCACCUCCCCCUCCUCCACCUCCUCCUCCUCCUCUUCCUCCUCCCACAAUUCUCAUCAAGCAAAGGAGGAAAGAGAAUCCCUGUAAAGAUGAUCCAAAGACUAAGUCGACCUCUGCAUCUUUUUUGGACGUGAAGUCAAACGCAGUGAAUGAAAUGAUGGAGAGAAUAAGAAAAGGCAUCGUACUGAGGCCAACUGUCAGACCACAGGAUGAUGAUAGUUCAUGGACGGACCAGAGGAGUGAAAACAGAAAAUCAGCAAUCCUAGAACUGAAAGGAGUUCUGGACAACAUCAAAUGGCAAAAUCCCCGUAGAAUACCAUCCAGAAGAGGAUUGGGCAGAAAUGUAUGUGAGACAGAGCUCAAGCUGGUACUCCAGAGGAGGAGGAGAGCCAUGGGAGACCACCAGGACCUAUGUGCAUCAAACCAGUCCCAGGCUCGACCAUGUGCCCCGGCAGAGCAGGCCUUUCCCUGGGUGGGUGAGAACAGUGACGUCCCUGUGCUCCGGAGGCUCAAACACAACAGGGAGAAGAGAGACUCUCGCAUCAGAGCGUCAGCACUGCUCAUCAGCCAGGAAAACUAACACAAACAACAGUCUGUAGUAGCUUUUGUCUAUGACAGUGGUUCCCAACCUUUUUUGAUUCAUGACUCUAUUUUAACAUCACAAAUUUCUGGCGACCCCAGACAUUCAAAACAGAGACUUUUUUUUUUUUUU